UAUUUAAAAAAAAGAUUCGCUAAAUCGUUAGUUAUUAUGUCAAAGAUGAACGCCGAUGCAACGGCUAGUAACUCAUUCGAACAGUGUACACCAGUGUUGGAGAAAGGUCAGCGACUAAAGAAUAUAAACCAAACACGAUUAGCUGUUUUGUUUGACUGAUCAUAGGGAUAGAAAUGACUUUUUAAUGGAGUCGGCAUGAACACAUCUAGGGCAUUGCUCACACAACACAAUUGUAAAAUAAACGAGUGUGGCACAAACAAAAGGGAGUUGUAGUUUCUGCAGUUAUCACAGCUACACAAUGUUCCUUUCUGAAUACUCAUUUGCUUGUUUUGCCCACUUUGACUCGUUUGGUCCCAUUGGAAAAGACAGGCAUGGUCUAUCUUGGUUUAGUUCUAAAAUAAAUACUUGUUCGUCUUCGACAGUACCUGUGUUGGCGUGAGCACUUUGCCCAACUCGUCGAUUUCAAGAGAGCCAUACUUGACAUGGAGGGUCUGUGCAGGCUUCUCAUCCACCUCUGUUAGGGCAAGAUUCCCUGUCCACUGGCUUAAAUCUACCGGCAUUUUGACUGAUUCCGGAGAGCUGCAAACAGGAGCUGCUUUGACUUAUUCUGCACAAAAACACAAGGGGGCAGGCACAGGCAGGGCCCGGAGUCCUGACUAUGCAUUGCGUUUAGGCCAAUCACAGUACGUCUAGCGCUGCAGUUAGCACUUGCGAUUGGCUAAGGUUCUGUCAAUCCCUCACUUUACUGCCCAAUGACGCGAAUUUAUCUUUCUAGAAUGUUCUUUUCAUGACCAAGGUCCACUCCUACUCGAAUUGUCACGUUUUGCUGAUAAAGCUACAUUGUGUCUUUAAGAUUUAGAAACAUAUAUAUAAAUUACCUACAUUUCAGACACUUUUGUGUUAGUUUUCCCUGAGUUAGAUUACACUCUAGAGAAAGAGAUAAUAGGCUGUCUGUCUGUUCACCUUCUCAGUGAACUUGGGUAACCCGCCUCGUUGAUCAGCGCGGUGACAGCGGUAUCAACUGUCAAUAAACUAGAAAUCCCCUGCUGCACCUUUAAGAAGGUAAGUGUUGGGUGUGGUUUGAAGUUUCCGGAUAAACGCGCGCGAGUAAACAGCCAGGUAGCCAAAUGGCUGAAAAAUUAUAGCAUGUGGCAGUUCCAUGGAGAAGAAAAAUAUUGAAUUAUCGUGGCUCAUAAUUCCUAUAUCAUUUACUCUAACCAGUUAUGUAAACUAGGUGUAGAGGUGUGUUGUGUCACCGCAUGCACAACAGGUAGUCAGACAGAGGUUGGCAACCAAAGCAUUUGUCUAACUAUAAAUCAGAGUAUAUAUGCUAUACAGUAGGAGGAAUAAUUAUGAAUGGCUUCGCAGUUGCAAUUUUUCUUCAGGUCAUGCAUCAGACCGUUGCAGCAAAUGGGCGCUCGGAUGAAACUACUGUAGCUGGAACACUGGGAGAGAAUAUUAUACUUCCGUGUUGGAACACUGCGACCAAUGUGACCCCCUCAUUCACGCGAUGGAUGACGAAUGGCCAGUUUACCAUUGAACGCAAUCAUUCCAUUAUAAUUCCAAUAUCCCCAAGUGAAGGGCACCUGACCAUACUGUACAAUCAAAGCUUGUACAUCAACAGAAUGAAUCUAUCAGAUGAGGGGACCUAUCUCUGUGAUUCUUUACCCCAUAACAACAAAACUCAAACAAGUCUCACAUUGCAAAUAGUCAGUGGUCCUGAUAAUAGCAUCAUAGACAUCCAGCCAGCCACGCCUCUUUCCAACGGAACCCUCUUUGUUGUCAGGGGUUCCACGGUGUCAUUCAACUGCUCCAGCUUGUCCUACCCCUCCCAGAGCCUGUCCUGGGGGUUUCAGGGUGUGGAGUCCAGUAAUGACUCUCUGGCGGUGGGCAGUGGGUCAUGGCUGGACUUCAGGAUAGAGGAUGUUCAGCCCACAGCUCAGGGGAACUACAGCUGCAGAGCCCAGAACUCAAUCUCCCAGAAGGCUGCUGGCUCUAGCACAGAGCUGCUUGUAUACUAUUCCCCAGAGAGGCAUCCAGAGUGUCUGUGGAACGCAGGGAAGGAUCCGUCCCAUGUCCAAUUCAGCUGUAGCUGGUUUGGAGGCUACCCCUCUCCCACGUUAUUCUGGGGGAAGCAUCAGAUGUCAGGGAGCCAUGGGAAGCAGGUGGCUGGACAACUGAUGGAGUCGGAGGAGACAGAUAAUCUGGUGAUGAAUCUGAACAGGUCGUUGUUGUUCGAUGGGCAGAUGCUGAAGUGUAGUGGGCAUCACCCUACGAUAAGUCCAGGAGAGGAUAAGUUCUGCUCCUUCACACUGAAGUCCCCCUAUCCUGAAGGGGAACCACUAGUCACAGUGGUAGAAGGAACCAACGUGACAUUAACGUGUACAGAAUCCAACUCCCUACCUCCAGCCCUCACCAGAUGGCAGAGGACAGCCAAGCAGGAGGACGUAGUCUCCAGCCCUAAGUACGUCCUGUCAGAGCAGGGCCCCACCUUCACCCUCACUAUAGUCAACAUCACCAAGCAGGACGAGGGCGUCUACUUCUGCAGGAGCGAGAACCCACUGAUGGUCCGCGAGUUGGAGAUAUAUUUAACAGUUAAAGCCACCUCUCAAUACACUGGAGCAAUCAUAGGGAUAUUCCUAGCUAUUUUGAUAGUAGGAUCUGGGAUUGUUAUUGCUAAAACAAUAUAUUCCAACCGUGACCGAAUAUGCCUGGGUAAUGGAUUUGAGCAAAUGGGGGAGAGAGGAGAUGUGUUGAGCCUGGUAGAGGCAGAUGAAGAGGAGGUGUUUCAUGAAGCUAUACCCAGACUGCCACCUCUGCCUCUGACCAACGGACACAAUACUACACUUGUAGAGAUACACACAAUACCAUCCAUUGACCAUGAAGAUGCAGAAAUUCUUGAACAUCCAUUACAGCUAGAAGAUAGAGAUAUCGAUGAGCUUGUCACGUUUUAGGUGUUGUAAGACUUUAAGAAAACUAUUUUGUUGUGUGUGUUAUGAUUGGUGGUUGGUUUGUACAGUAUGUAGAUACAGUAUAUAGGUUUGCUUUUUACCACCCAUUUGACAUUUGUUUUGUUUUAGCUUCAGGCUUAUUAGGUGUUACUUAACAUGGUUAUUUCAAUUAAUUGUUGCCAUUUGCCUCAUUUAAAUUACAUAUUUGACAAUAAUGUAACAUUUUGUAUUUCUCAAACACAAAAUUAAACCUGUUUUUAAAAAAUAAAAUUAAAAAAGGCAGGGAUGUA